GCAUUAACUGGCAUCUGCAGCGAUGUUAAUGUUUCUGGCAGCAGUCAGAUUAUUUCUCUCUCGUCCUGGAUGCAGCAGGGUAUACAAUGAAAUCCCUUCCAUGGAUCCGUUGGACCCUUGGCCUGCUGCUUCUCUGUACUGCUGAUGCAGACAGUGGUAGAAAACCUAAUUUUGUCUUUAUGAUGGUGGACGAUUUAGGAAUUGGAGACCUUGGAUGCUACGGAAACACAACACUGAGGACGCCUAACAUUGACAGACUGGCCCUGGAAGGGGUGAAACUGACCCAACACACAGCUGCUGCACCGCUCUGCACUCCCAGCAGGGCAGCCUUCCUCACAGGCAGAUACCCGAUUCGAUCAGGUAUGGCAGCACAUGGGCGUAUGGGAGUUUUUCUCUUUUCUGCAUCGUCAGGAGGCCUUUCACAAGAAGAAAUCACCUUUGCCAAGGCUGUCAAAGAGCAAGGCUAUUCUACUGCUGUAAUUGGGAAAUGGCACGUGGGUCUCAACUGUGAAGACAGUGCUGACCACUGCCACCAUCCUAACUCUCAUGGCUUUGACUACUUCUAUGGCACCAUUAUGACGCACCUUCGGGACUGCCAGCCUGGACAUGGCUCUGUUCUAUAUUUCGUCCAUGGUUACAUCCCAUACAAGGCCCUUAGUAUUGGUCUAGUUUCCCUGGCGUUACUCCAUAUUAAAGGCAUGAUAACUGUGACCAGGAGGGUAGUUUUUGGUUUUCUGGUCCUGGUAGGGGUAGUGGUGAGUCUCUUUGAUGUGUUGGUGUACACAUUCCCCAAUCUAAAUUGCUUUGUCAUGCGAGGGCCAGAGAUUGUGGAGCAACCAUAUACAUCAGAAAACCUCACACAAAGGAUGACCAGUGAAGCCACAGAGUUUCUGGAAAGGAAUUCAGAGAGGCCAUUCUUGCUCUUCUUCUCAUUCCUCCAAGUCCACACUGGACUAUUUGCCUCUCCUCUCUUCAGGGGAAGAAGUCAGCAUGGCCUCUAUGGUGAUGCUGUCAUGGAGGUAGACUGGAGUGUAGGUCAGAUCAUGCAGACUUUGGAGCGCUUAAACUUGAAGGAAAACACACUGUUGUACAUGACUUCAGAUCAGGGGCCUCACCUGGAAGAGAUUUCCAUCAAUGGAGAGAUGCAUGGGGGUUAUAGCGGCAUAUACAAAGCUGGCAAGUCAACUAACUGGGAAGGUGGGAUUCGGAUACCGGGGAUUCUUCAUUGGCCAGGUGUCUUACCUGCAGGGAAGGUCAUUGAUGAGCCCACUAGCAACAUGGAUAUUUUCCCCACGGUGCUGAAUUUAGCUGGUGCUUCCAUACCCAGCGACAGAGUCAUUGAUGGUCAUGAUCUCUUGCCUCUGUUGCAAGGGCAAGUGGAGCGUUCUGAACAUGAAUUUAUGUUUCCUUACUGCAAUGCCCAGCUGAAUGCUGUCAGAUGGCACCCACCUAACAGUAACGCAAUCUGGAAGGCCUUUUUCUUUACCCCUGACUUCUACCCAGAGAACAGCUCAGCCUGCUUCCACACUCAUAUCUGCCUCUGCAUCAAGCCAUACGUCACGGUCCAUGACCCUCCGCUGCUUUAUGACCUGUCGAAAGACCCGACAGAAAGCACCCCCCUGAGUCCAGACACUGAGCCCCAGUUCUACUCAGUUCUGGAGGUCAUAAGGGCAGCAGUAAGCCAUCAUGCAGAGAGUCUGAAGCCUGUCCCAGUACAGGUUUCUCCUCUGCAAAUAGUAUGGAAGCCUUGGCUCCAGCCCUGCUGCUCCUCUCUCAGUCAGCUGUGCACAUGUGAACGAGAUCAUCAGAUAGAGGAGCUACGAAAUGAGCUUCAAAAAGAAUAGUCAGGUACUCAGAAUCCUCUGGCUUUAAUGCACAAGAAGGGCAUGUAAUACGGAUAGUUCAUAUAAAAACAAUUUUUUUUUUUUUAAAUGUCCCAAACCUGUGACUUAAUUUCUCUGUAGAACACAAAAGACGGUAUUUUGGUUCACAAAAGAAGAAAACUGGUAACCUAACAGUUUUGACUUCUUCAUUGACUUCUGUUCUAUAUCUUCUUUUAUGCUAAACAGAAAAAAGAAAGUCAUACAGAUUUGGAUCGAAAUGAG